AUGCAGCAGCAGCAGCAGCGUGUCGCCGUCUUGUCGCACGUGAAGACGAGCUCCGUACCAUCAAGUCGCAAUGGCAGCAAUGCGCGUCGGAUUGCAUGGCAUGGCGGUAAGAUUGUGUCCAACAAGGCGGAGGCGAUGCAGAAGUUUUACCAGCGUAAACUGCGUGCAGGCGACCGCUUGACGGCGCAGCAGAUCGAGGCGAUACAGGCGACUUUGGGCUUGAAAUUGGACGAUGAGCGAGCUUAUAACAAGUCCAAGAUAAAGCUUGCGACCUACCGACCACAUGCCAAAGUGACAGCGGUUGGAAACCACAUUGUGCUGAAGACUGGACGCGUGCUUGGACCUAAGAUUGAUUCGAAGCAGAAAACCAAGAAAACAGGGCGCAACGGCAACGCAAAGUACCAGGCUGCGCAUCCGCCCAAGCCGGUAACCGGCAAGAUGUCGAAACAGACGGAGACGAGCUCUACUAUCUCGCUGGAAGACAAGUUAGGGCUUCCCUUACGUGCAUUAGUUGAGGGUCAGGCAAAGCGCAGUAGUAACACGACGCGGAGGUGA